AUGAGCGCGUGGAUUACAUUCCAACAAACAUUCCGCGUACAACAGCACAACGAGGAAUUGGGCUUGUAUCCGCUCGCGCUCCUGAAGAGUGGGGCUCUUGAAGGACAGGAGAACAAAGCCCGUAACGAUGAGAACAAGAUUUCCGGGCAAUUACCUUUGAAGGAGGCUCUCGUGCAGUCUGCUGAGAAAUGCGUGAACCGAAAGCGUAGAAGAGAUCACCCGUUGAAUGCCUCGCCGACUGCCACGAAUUCCCCGGGCUUUUCUUACCGCAGAGCCUCUAAUCCUACGACCAAUGCUCCGAAGCUUCAACCCACGGGCAAGGCCAACAAGGAAGCGGGCACACGGAAGAAGAAGAGGGCCCGCCUGAUGACUUUUGGUUCUCUGCCCUCUCUGCCCGUCGAGGAAGUUCCACGGGAAGAAUACCAGCUUACGACUGCUGGUGUGCCUGGAGGAGGGCGCAGCGAGGCAGUGGUAGGGAGCCAGGCAGCUAAAGACAAAUAUUGCAGCCCACUCCGCGAUCUUUCCACUCAAGCAGCUUUCGCUUUCGCUCAAAAGGAGUUCCAGCGAGAGUUCCGGUCCCCUCUGAGGAAUGUAACCGCAGCAUCUCCAGAGAAAGCUGCAGGUUCGCAGCGAACCAGGACUAGCACACCUCCACCCUCUCAGCCGCCGGCUGAGUACACCGCCAUCACUCCGUUCAAAGUCUUUAACAAGGGCAAACCUUUCCUCGCUGAAAACCAGUCCCAGCUCGAACCGGCACCAGUGAGCACCCAAGAGCUUUUCAAUACCGCUACACCGCUCGCAUUCAGCACGGUAAAGAAAGAUAAGAGCGCACGGAAGAGAGUCAGCAUGGCAGUUUCGCCCUUGAAGUCCGUCAAUGAUUACGGCACAGGUAUCAAUGCCGGAAAAGACGAGAGUGCCGCUAAAAAGGGCGGCGAGGGUGAAACAACAGUGGCUGAGGUCACCUUUGCCGACCUAUCCACAACACCCCCGACGCCGAACUUCCCGCUAUUUUCCCAACGCGCACCGCCCUCAGCGUUUAAACCGCCAUCCCUCAUUCCAACUCUAUCGUCUGCCCUCAAACCCAGAAAUCCGAGCUUCACGGCGGCUUCUCGCACCACCAGCCAGGCCAAUUCGUCCUUUUCACGACUCGCUCCACCGCCGUCGUCCGCACCGGUGUCGAGCCACCCCGUCCGCCAGGAGUAUCGCCGAGUGCUCUCUCAGGGCCACAGGCACAGCCGCAGCCCGAGCCAGAGCUCCCAACAGCAGCAGCGCUCGUCGCAGCAACUGGCCCAGAGGCAGCCGGCUCUCUUAGAUGAUGUUGAUAUCGAUUCGGCUAUGGAUGCUGCGGAUUCGUUUCUCGAUACGGCGAAUCUUGAUGUAGAUUUGAAGGGGCCCCCGGCAGGCAGUGGCGCGCGAAGGGCUCGAUAG